UUUUGUGCUUAUCUCUUUUGAUAAUAUACGCCUUGUGUACCUGCUCAGGAGACAGUGAAAAUCAUGCAUUUCCCUGCAGUUAUCGUGCUUUGCCUAUUUACCAGAAUUGCCAAUGGAGAAGUUGACGACGAUGAAGUUUUUCAAUGUAAACCCCAUAAAAAUUUCGAAAACAAAGUUCAGAAGAUUGUUUCCGAGAAAAUGCAGUACACAUUAGAUCCCGUAGCAGAUGAUGUUCGCAAAAUUCAAUCAUAUAUGGAAAAGGCCGACGCAAGAAGUGACCAGAAAAAUAAAGAAAUGCUGAACAUUGAAGCACGACUAAGAGCUGUGGAAGACAAACUUGGUGUCAAGAUCAAGCUUGAAGAAUGCCCGAAAUCUGGAACAUCCGGAAUAUACACGAUAUACGGAAUAGCUUAUCCAGAAGGUUUAUCAGUGUAUUGCGAUACACAGACUGAUGGAGGAGGAUGGGUUGUAAUUCAACGCCGUUUCAAUGGAAAACUGAGUUUUGACAGAGAAUGGGAUCAAUAUGUCAAAGGAUUUGGAACACUAUCCGGUGAAUUUUGGCUUGGACUGGAUGACGUGGUUACAUUAUUAUCGAGCGGUGAAUUUGAGUUCAGAGUUGAUAUAAGUGACUGGGAAGGAAAUUCAGCAUACGCUCUGUACAGCAAAUUUUCAAUGGGUGGUACAUCGAGUAAUUAUCAGCUCACUGUAUCCGGAUAUUCCGGUACUGCCGGGGAUUCCCUCUCCCAUCACAGCGGAAUGGCGUUCAGUACAAAGGAUAGGGAUAACGAUACAGAUGAUGACGGAAACUGUGCUAAAGACCUAAAAGGUGGUUGGUGGUUCACUGGCUGCAAUCUGUCUCAUCUGAAUGGCGUAUAUUACAAAGGUGGACAUUACCCAGUCGGUCUUCAUACAGUUCAAGAUGGUGCAUCCUGGUACUAUUGGAAAGAUACAAAGUUGUACUCAAUGAAGACAACAGAAAUGAAAAUUCGUUUAAAGAAUUAAGAAGCCAUAUGCAAUUGUGAUAUCUCUACUUCGAUAUGA